UGGAUCACUGCACACAUAACUGCAAUGAUGAAGAUCAUUCUCGAAGUUGUGUCCGUGUUUGUCCUGUUCUGGGCGACAGAGGGCGCCCUGUCGAGGCAGGACGUUCGACAGGCAGUAGAAGAGAAGCGCGAAGAACAACUGGAGACCCUGCUAGAACGAGUCAUGGAGCGCAUUGGCGAGGAAGAUAAUCAAGAUGACCCAGCAAUGGAAGAGAAGGCAUUAGCGACUGAUAACGUUGCCUUGCCUAUAGAGCCUGUGGACCCUGAUGUGACUGUUGAUGAUAAAGUGGCACCAGUGCUACCAGUGGCAAAAGGCUGCUGCAACCUCGCAUCAACAACGGUGUCACUCGGUAAUGGGCGAACCGGAGUGUCGCACGCUUUAGGCGGGGUGGGACAGGUCGUUGUGGCGCCACCUAACAUCAGUCCCGUAGUACCUUGCAGUCUAAGGGCGCUUCUGAAAGUAACCUUUGACAAGCUGCCACCUUGCAUUAGCGGCUGUUUGAACUAUCCUCUUUGUGGAAAAAGCAUGCUGCGAGUUGACCUUACACUCAGCCCAACCAGCCGCUCGGGUUGGUUGUUCGACAUUGGAGACAGUGUCAGCAAUGACGGACACAGUGGAGACGGUAAUCAUCAAACAAACGAUGCUGAAGUUGAUGCUCCCUACCCGAAUGUCAACGUUCAGCCGAGCGACAAGUGCCUCAACACCAACCCACCUACACCUAGACCCCUUACCACCUAUGCAAAUGCCGUGCAACUGGGUUCCGUCAAUCGCGUCACCCUUUUCAUUAGCAACGAGCACGUGCGCAUCACCAACGACCAAGGCCUCAACCGGAUACUGUGUCACAAAUGCCUGUUCGCCCUGAAUGGUUCGGCUGAUCCGAGCAGCGGGGGUGUCAACCAGGACAUCUACAUCGCCCUUAACAGGGUCAUCACGGGCCGAGUGGACCGCAAUGGGGUCGGCGUCUGUUCCGCUAGACUCAGCUGGGUGUGUCCUGAGAAUUACAACUGAUUCAAGUCAUUAAAGCGGCAAUUUUUAAUCUCUUAAGUUAUAUGUCAAUGUUUGUCGUUCCACGCAGCACUUAAAACAUCAUUUUGAUCCA